AUGGCUACUACAGCAGCCGAUGUAGAAAUUCAGGCAGCUUCAUCUUGCCAUGAGCUGCCAUCACUACUAAAGCCCAGUAACUCUGUAUGUACAAAAGUACUAAAAGUUCUUCAGGAAAGCAAUAAAAAUGACACCAACUAUUUUGGGGUAACAGUAGUGAAUGGAGAUCCCUUUGAAUUCAGUUGGCUCUAUGGCUAUCAGUCCAGUACUUUCCAAAGUAACAAAGUCACUUUUAAAAGGGACGGCUUGGAAACAUUGACAUGUUCUGGAGAAUAUAUGCAUGCAGUUAUUAACAGAACCUAUCUCCUAUCAUUGGGCUACUAUGCAUGGGAUGUUCAUAUGAAGGACACCUCCUGUGUGCCACAGUUUACAGAAAACUAUAUUAUAUUCAAUAUACCACUGGUUGGAUGUGGUACAGUGAAAGAGCAAGGAAUAAAUAACACUAUCACCUACUCCAAUGUAAUCACAGCAUCAUUGUCUGGUGAUGUUAUCGUGAGGGAAAAAGACUUUGUGUUUCAUAUUACCUGCAAAAUGAACGAGAACGCAGUGUCAGAAAUAAAAUAUGUUGCCAAAGAUACUGUUUACAUAAAUGAAACUCAGUAUGGCAAAUUUGACGUGAACAUUUCAUUUUUUGAGUCGUCAUAUUUCUUGAAACAAGUUUCUGCUUCGCCAUAUUACGUUGACCUAAAUCAGGAUUUGUUUCUUCAAGCAACUCUCUACAGUUCUGAUCCAAAUCUGGUGAUAUUUAUAGACACGUGUGUGGCAUCUCCAUAUCCUGAUGACUUCACAAACCUGACUUAUGAUUUAAUCAAGAGUGGUUGUCCAGUGGAUCCCACCUACAACACAUACUAUUCAUCAAACAGCAGCAUUGUUCGUUUCAAAUUUAAUGCCUUCAAGUUUCUGAACAGACAUUCUGAAGUUUACUUGCAGUGCCAGAUGGUUAUAUGCAGCAAAAAUGAUCUUUCUUCUCGAUGCCACCAGGGAUGUCUUGCUAGAUACAAAAGGGAUACAAGUUCCUAUCAGAAAAAAAUGGAUGUCAUUGUGGGGCCAGUUCAACUUCAAAGCAAAACAGAGGACACCAAACUGGGUAACUUAUCUUAUAAACAGCUACAUAUAACUUUAGGUUCAGACAACAGCGUGCUUCUGGGAACACAGAAUAUCCACGGCCCGUAUUUUGUUGCCACUCUGUUUUUGGCACUAACUGUGUUGGUUCUUACUGGGAUCCUUUUGAGAAGUAAACUGAAAGGAAGAAAUGAGCAUCAACUACUAUGCUGGAUUAAUAUGAUGUCCUUGAGUAUCAUCCUUGAGUAUAGUGUGAAACCUAUUCUUCGAAGCUAUAUGUUCCAGAUUACUGAAUUCAAAGUGAUUGAAACACAAACCAUGUUUAUCACUAAGAGUCUAUGUACUGUGAUGAGAAUUGUUUCUGUGUUUUCCACUUUAACAGAUCCUGGAAGAACAACACCUGUAGCAGCAAUGUAA